CUCGCCUGUGCGCUGGCGCACGGCGACCACGAGCACGGGCACUACGAGCAGAAACCCCUCGCACCAGACGCAGAUUGGGCGACCAGGCACAUGGCCGAAGAGCACCACAUCGACGUCUUUGACGCCGGCUCCUUCUUUACCCUCCACGAUUACGACGACAGCGGCGAGUGGACGCCAGAGGACAUUCUCAAAACUUACGGCCUCAAAGACCCCUCCAACUACCACGUCUCGCAAGACAAAAAAGACGACGCCGCCCGCCUCAUCCUCUCCCUCUUCGACAAAGACAAAAGCGGCACCGUCUCCUUCGCCGAAUACGUAAUCGGUACAGCCGCCGGCGUCGCCCUCCCGGAUCUCGGUUUCGGGCCGGGACAUCACGGCGACGACGAGUGGGAGUACGAGAUUCACCAUUUCGAAAAGUUCCAUGGGCCGGAUGCCACGUUGGAGGAUCUGACGCACCCCGAGGAUAUUGAGCAUUUUCGCAUGCAUGAGGAGAUGGAGUUGCGGGAGGAGAGGCAGGAGGCGAUGGAUCGGAUGAGUAUUGUGGAGGCGAACAUUCCGGCGAAGUUUAGGCGG